UACGCAGCAUGCAUUUCUUGAAAUAAAAUUUGAGAUGAGUAUGAAUUUAUUAACAAGGAUGUUUGAAAUAUUUAAGCCACCCGACAAAUGGAAAGUAUAAUCAUAUGUGAAGCUGUGUAGAAAAACUUCAAAAAGAUUCAGUUACACACAUGCGGAAGGGCAGAAAAAUCACACACCCACUCUGUUUUCCUUUGCGAGAGCGCAUCACUCCGGCUAAUCUUCGGCAGACAAGCCAGCAUCUCACUAAAUGUACUGACACAGGAAACGGCGAGCCGAGGGAUGGAUGCCCUGGUGGCCCAGGCUGAGCUGAAUGGCGAGGACAGCUCUGGUUCCGAUGGGGCGUCAGUGUUCAGCGUUAGUAUACCACCAACAGAGACUGACCGCUUUGGGUUUCUCCUGGGAACCGAAUCCACAGUCGGGAGCGAGGGACCGGCUCCUGAGCUGGUCCGGCAGAGAGAGGCAAAGUGGCUGAACAUUAUCAUGCAGUGGGACCGCAUCCUGCUGAAAAGGACCCACAAGGUGAAAGAGCAGUGUCGAAAAGGUAUCCCAGCAUCCCUGAGGGCCCGAUGCUGGCCACUUCUCUGCCGUGCCACAGAGAGGAUGAAAGCAAAUGAAAAACUUUACAAGAAACUUGAUAAGGCACCUGCCCUGCAGAGCUGGGUGGAUGUGAUCGAGAGAGACAUCGACAGACAGUUCCCCUUCCAUGAGAUGUUUCUCUCCAGGGACGGCCACGGGCAACAAGGGCUUUUCCGGGUCCUGAAAGCAUAUACUCAGUUCAAGCCAGAAGAGGGUUACUGUCAAGGGCAAGGACCGGUAGCUGCGGUGCUUCUCAUGAACAUGCCUGCUGAGGAGGCUUUUUGGUGCCUGGUGCAAAUCAGUGAGCAGUAUCUACCAGGAUACUAUAGCCCUCUGCUGGAGGGAGUGCUCUUUGACGCAGGCAUCCUGAAUGGAGCGCUACGCAAGACAUGCCCUGCCGUUCACAAACACCUGAGGAAACACGGGGUGGAGCCACUUAUGUUCGCUACCGACUGGCUCAUGUGUCUCUACACUCGACACCUGCCCUUCAACACCCUGCUCAGGGUCUGGGACCUGUUCUUCUGCUACGGUGUGCGGGUGCUCUUCCAGGUAGCGGUGGUUUUGGUGCGUAGGACCUUGGGAAGGCAGGAGCAAAGGGAUGAAUGCGACGGGCAAAUGGAGACCCUGGAGAGACUCCGAAGUGUCAAGGACCGCAUCUCCACGGAGGAUGAUGCUUUCAUAGAGGAGGUGUGCUCAGUAGCAUUCUCAGGGAAGGACUUGGAGAGAGAGACCGAGAAGGAGAUGGAGAGGUGGAAGAAAGAGCGUCCAUCUUCGACCUUCAACCCUUGUGUUCGUUGCCAUGGAUACCGGGCGGCUUGGGUUAAAGGGAGAGAGAAGGAGGAGGAGUGUCAGAGAAAGGAGCGAGAGAUCGGGAACCUCUCCGUACCCGUGUCGCGAUCUCCCUCCUCUCUUUCACCGUCAUUUCUUCGAAAGAAGUGGAGAAGAGGCAGCAAAGCAGAGAUGAGCGAAAAGGAGGGGAACGGUGGCGGCGAGGAAAACAAGUUGAAGGAGGUUGCUGAGCUAAAGGACAAGGAAGAGAUGGAAGCCAUAAAUAACGAUGGCAACCGAAGAAAUCCUUCAGAGUACAGCAGUGAAGAUGCGACACUCAACCAAAAGGGAACAAGGCAGGAAUCCUCACAAGCCACUGCAGAUUCAUCCUGCCAGAACCUGGAACUAUGCAGUAGUGCUGCAGACCUCUCUCACUCCCAGAACACAUGCAGUCUUAGUGAAAUGCUAAGCAGUUGCGGUGGGGUGAGCACAGACUGUGCAUCUGAGGCUCAAGACAGUACGAACACAUCUGCAGCCCAGAUAGAGACCCCAGAAAACCAGACAGGGAAUAAUGCAGUCGCAAACCACAUGUCACAGCUCGUCUCCGUGCAGACAGGGUCCAUCUUCAGCGAGACGGAGAAUUCUUCAGCAGACCAGGGUGAACCACAAAAACCUCCGUGCGACAUGGUGGACGAAACUGCUGAAGCAACCAGAAAACUUUCUCAAGAAAGCUGUCAGUCAGAGCCAGAGGAGGCAAGGAAGCUCAUUUCCCCAAAUAGCUGCCCAGAGUCUGAUGCCAAAAAUGCUGGGAAAUUGAAUAACAACACUGAGGAAAAGCCAGAGGAAACAAAUGUUCAAAAUACUGAAGAACUAGAUGCGGGAGCAGAGGAAUGCAGUAAGAUGCAAGACGACCGUAGGCAAAACUUUGUAAAGGAAACAGGUACGCUGCUCGAAUAUUCAAGCGCAAACUCCCCAGAUCUAAAUGAAACCCGGCGGGAACAUGACCAGCCAGUUCAGCAUUCCCUCCAUCCUUCUGAAGAUACCAGUGGGAAUGUCACAAAGACUCCCGAGAUGACUGGCGAACCGUCAGCAGCAGAAAACACUGGGAAAGGUGACGGCUUAGACAUUCCGUCACACCGCUUCCAGAUCUCCCACGCGGUCCAGAAAUCUGAAAUCCCUAGCAUCUCUUCGGUAGAUGAGUCUGAGUUAUCAGUACAAAAGCACGCAAACGAGGAGGCGUCCUCAGAAGACUCUCCCCAAAACGAUCCAGACCAGCCAGCCUGCGAUGGAGACACAGAAAAGCAGCCUGGAACCUCUGCAAGUGAGAGUGACGAAGAGCAUUCUGAUGAUGUCACCCAGAUCGAGCCACCUUCAGCGCGAGAGAGUGACCAAAUCCCGGUAUGGAGCUCUGUGGACCCAAAUUUGCAGGAGAAUUUGCAGGGCACAGGAGAGUCUUUGGGUGAAAAUCCUGAUCAGAGUUCAGAGGUGGACACUAUUUCCUCGAAGGAUCAAGAUUUGAUAGAAGAAAGUCCCUGUUCAUCGCAGGACACCGUGUUACAAAUGUCAGGAAGUGAAAUGACAACAGCUAUUCAAGAGGAACAAAAGCCCUUAAAUUCUCAAGAUGCAGAUGCACCUCAAGUUGAAAGCAGACCUCUGGAGAGCUCAGUCAUAGCAGUACCAUCGGCGAAAGGAAGUGCAAUGGAAUACGAGCAGCAGAAUCUGUCUGCUGGUGAUAUCAGAGAGGAAGCACCUCAACAGCCGAGUCUGACGAGCUCGGGUCCAGUUCAGCAACCAUCAGGCCCACUUUGUUCAGCUGAGGACGAGGCAAGAGGAGGAUCAUUGGACACGUGUGGGACCAAGAUGGAGACACCUGGGCAUACUCCUCCUGAAUUACAGCAAAGUCACCAGAACGCAGCACUGGCAACGGAGAUGGAAAAACCGACUGAAUCACAAAAUGAUCCGGGAUGCAUUGCAGAGCAGUCAGGUGAAACUCACACAGAACAAAGUGAGCUCGAAGCAGACAUUGGCUCUAAGGACCAGUGUAAAGAGACAAUGGAAGCAGACAGAGAACAAAGGUCACAAGGUGAACCUGCUGGGGCGUCCACGGACUCCGUAAUGACAAGGGCACUUCCAGACGUCACGGCAGAGCACGGCCAGGACGAGGCCAUCAAAGUGUCGGCUACACUUGAGAACCAGGAAUCAAGUGGCACUGCGGAAUAUAAACUUCGCAAGACAUCCACCUCCAGAACCACAGCGCCCAGAAGACUGUCGGAAGACAUGUUCAAAGAGCCAGAAAGCACCAGAUACAGUGGUCCCACUACUGUUAUCUCCUCCAGCAGUUCUGCCACCAACUACAAAGGUGGUACCAGAGCUACCAUGCCUGUUCAGGGUACUGAUGAAGGCCACGACACUGACCGCCACAGCACUGAGCACAAAGACUCUUCGAAACGCUUUGGCCUCUUUCGUAGGUUUCGGGGCGACCAUGCCACGAACACUGAGGGGGGCACCAAGGGCAAGACCAAGAUGACAGUGCCCACAAUACUCAUACAGGACUUCAGCGAGCAAGUGAGCGAGCAAGAAGAAAGGCUGACUGCCAAAGAGAGGAGAAAGAGAAGGAGAGAGGAGGAGAGGAGGAAAAAAGAGGAGGAAAAGGCACGGAAGAAGAGAGAGAAGGAACUGGAGAAGGAGAAAGGAAAGGAGAGGAGGAAACCUCAGACGAGGGGGAAGAGUUUUCAGCUACACAGCAGCGGCAAGACUGAUCGUGUCGUUCCUUCCCUGGGAAACAACUCUAAUACUCUAGUUUCCAAGCGAAACUCUGCUCCAUAUUUUGAUACUUAUUUCUGA